UCAAAAUCAUGAUCAAACACACACAAAUUGUGCCAAGUCAUUGAACCAAUAAUAUGAACUUUGGGAGGUGGGGUAGUUUAGCAUCGGAAGUUCAGGCGUGUGAAGGACUAUACUGUGAAAGACUGAAACAUUAUUGUUAGUUCAGCCAGCAAGCAGUUCAGGAGCAACAACACACAGAGAUUUGGCAAUCUCCAACAAGCUCGACACACAUACUCGCACUGUCUAUAGCAGUCACAACAAUUUUUAGAGCGUCAAUAUGCAGGAUCACAGUGAUAUAAAAUUUACGGCUCUCGAACUGGAUGGCGAUCCUGGAAAGCACGAGAAGGUGGGAAACGGCGCGUACGCCCCUGUGACCCAUGCCGUUGCUGGAGGCGCAGAGCCCCGGGACCGUUGGGGACGGAAAGCCGAGUUUGUUUUGGCCUGCGUCGGUUAUGCCGUCGGACUGGGAAAUGUCUGGAGGUUCCCGUACUUGUGCUUCUCUAGCGGUGGAGGUGCAUUUCUGAUCCCGUAUUUCAUCAUGUUGAUUCUGUGUGGAAUCCCUCUGUUAGUCAUGGAGUUUGGUUUGGGUCAAUACGUCCGGGCUGGUCCAGUUAAAGCAUUCAAGUUGAUUUGCCCAAUCUUCAAAGGUACCGGCCUAGCUACAGUGAUGAUUUCCUUCAUCUUGACAACAUACUACAACGUCAUCAUAGCCUGGGCGUUGUUCUAUCUCAUCGCUUCCAUGCAGAGUGAACUACCGUGGGAUAGCUGUAACAACACCUGGAACACGGACGAUUGCUUCUCCCACCAGGACUACAUGUCUCUGAAUGGCUCGACCAAACCCAAUAACACUGUGUCUCCAACAGAGGAAUACUUCCAUAAUCGCGUCUUGCAGAUAACUGAUCGUAUUGAUGACACUGGUAGCAUGCGCUGGGAGUUGUUUGCCCUGCUGCUGGUGUCUUGGAUCAUUGUAUACCUCUGUCUUUUCAAAGGACUCAAGACCUCCGGAAAGGUGGUGUACUUCACUGCAACGUUCCCCUACCUGGUUCUCCUUGUGCUGUUCAUCAAUGGUAUCAUGCUCGAUGGCGCUAUAGAUGGAAUCAAGUUCCUGUUCCAACCUAAGUGGGAGCAGGUCCUAGACGUUAACGUUUGGGUUGCCGCGGCAGCGCAGAACUUUAACUCCAUUGGGAUUGCCUUUGGUUCGAUGAUUGCCUUCUCCAGCUAUAAUGGUUUCCACAGCAAGACAAUCUUCAGGGAUACCUUCAGCAUUACCGUCACCAACAGCUUGACGAGUCUCUUUGCUGCAGUUACAAUCUUUUCUGCGUUGGGUUUCAUUGCCAAGAUCCAGGGCCAGAAUGUUGAAGAUGUCAUUACACAAGGGCCUGGUCUGGUGUUUGUCGUGUACCCAGCGGUUUUCUCGACCAUGCCAGUCUCCCAGCUGUGGUCAGUGCUCUUCUUCAUCAUGCUGUUCUGUCUUGGAAUUGACAGUCAGUUUGCCAUGGUGAAGGUUGUCAUAACAACAUUUUUGGACGGCUUCCCCAAGCUGCGUUUUCUGUACUUCAACAAACGUGAAGUUCUGGUGGCCUACAUCUGCUUCGUUUCCUUCUUGUUGGGACUUCCUCACAUUACCCAGGGAGGUAUGUACGUGUUCCAGCUGCUCGACUGGUACAAUGCCAUCGUCUCUCUUUUCUUCAUCGCCAUCUUUGAAGUCACGUCUGUCGCGUGGUUCUACGGCGCAAAACGAUUGGCUCGUAACAUGAAGGAGAUGACAGGCUCUGCACCUAACUUCAUCCUGAUUGUGUGUUGGGUUGCAUUGUCCCCUGCGCUUAUUCUGGUCAUCAUGGUGUUCCAGUUCCUUGGUUACAAAUCAGUGAGUUAUGGAGACUACACGUACCCCGGUUGGGCCUUAGCCAUUGGAUGGUGUGUUGCCUUCAUAUCCUUCAGCUGUAUCCCUAUUGGUAUCAUCCACACGCUGUUACAGUCCAAGGGAAACUCAUUUAAAGAGCGCAUCAUGAUGAGCUUCCGUUCACCGAUUGAUGAGGCAACCCAUGGUCUUCAGUUCCAAGAGCCGUCAAAUGCUUCUGACUUUCCUCCCUCUUACGAGGUUGCGGUCCAGAGUGAAAAGCUGUAACCUUUCAACCCUUUGUAACACUUGGUGAGGUUACUAGAAGUAUCGUUUCUGUGUAUUGAUUGCCCUGUCAGGAAGGAAAAUGGUGCCAAGCUUCUUCUUCUUUUUUAUUGUUAAAGGGUUUUGAUACCUUUUGUAGAUCAAGUUUUUGGCCAUGACAUUAAUCCUU